AUGCUGAAAGAUAAGUGGGUAGAAAUGGGAGAUGCUGCAGACUGGAAAAGGGGACUUCAGAAAAUAGUGGAUAGAGAUUAUCACUUAGCUUUGGUUGAGAGAGCAAUGAGGGCAUGGAAUGACUUUCAGACAGCUAAUCCAAGGAAGAAAGAUCUGGGCAGAUUGAUCAAAUUGGCUCAAGGGAAUGAGGACAGUGAAGAGGAGGAACCGGAAAUUGGAGUAGGACAGCUAUCUAUGGCUAUCAGUACUCACAUCUCAGCUCAGGGUAAUGUAGGGUUUGGGUGUGUGCUUAGAAAACAAGAGCAGAUCAUCAAAACUUGGGCCAAGACUGAUACAACCGAGGGGGAUGCUGAAAUUACUCACUUGAGAGGCAUUAAAUGGGGACUGACUCUGGCCAAAGAGGGAGGAUGGAUUAGAUGCGUGUGCAUGGUGAAGUGCAAGGACUUACUGCAAAAAUUAAUAUCGAGCACGGGUUUUUCUCCACAUGCUAUGGCACAGUGUCAAGACAUUUGUAAUAUUAACUCUAGUGAUGUUUUUAUUUCCUUUGUUUUUGGUGAUAGACUAUGUACUCUUAGUGCUAAGCUUGCAUGUGAAGCAGUUAGGGGAAAAAGUGAGCUUGAGUUGAAUUACUACAACCAAAGCUGCCCCAAAGCAGAACAAAUAAUCAAGGAACAAGUUGAACAACUGUACAAAAAACAUGGAAACACAGCAGCUUCAUGGCUUAGAAAUCUCUUCCAUGAUUGUGCUCUCAUAUCGUGCGAUGCAUCCUUACUGCUCGACAAUGCAAACGACAUAAUUUCCGAGAAAUCGGAGCCGAGGAGUUUUGGUAUGAGAAAUUUUAAGUACAUAAACACAAUCAAAGAGGCUCUUGAGAAGGAAUGUCCCAUGACUGUUUCUUGUGCUGAUAUUAUUGCCCUCUCAGCAAGAGAUGGGGUGGCUUUGUUGGGAGGGCCAUCGAUUGAUGUGAAGACCGGUCGAAGAGAUAGUACGGAAAGCUACGCAUCGGAAGUUGAUAAUUACAUCCCUAAUCACAAUGAUAGCAUGUCAUUAGUGCUAAGCACGUUUGAAAAGAUUGGUGUUGAUACAGAAGGUCUUGUUGCUCUAUUAGGUGCACACUCGGUUGGACGAACUCACUGCCAGAACAUAGUCCAAAGACUAUACCCUACUGUGGACUCGACUUUGGACUCGAGCUAUGCCAAGUACCUCAAGAGACGAUGCCCGACAUCAACCCCAAACCCGAAAGCGGUCGAGUACGUGAGGAACGACCUUGGGACGCCGAUGAUUUUGGACAACGUUUACUACAAGAACAUACUGGCCCAUAAAGGGGUCCUGCUGGUGGACCAGGAGCUGGUGUCCGACCCAAGAACGAGCCCAUUUGUGAACAAGAUGGCCCAAAAUAACGAAUAUUUUCUUCAGCAGUUUUCGCGGGCUUUCUUGAUUUUGUCCGAAAAUAAUCCGCUGACGAAGGAUGAGGGCGAGAUCAGAAGGGACUGCCGAUUUGUGAACUCUAAUUGACUUUAGAAUUUACAUGUUGCAAAAAGUUGUUUUGGGCCUUUUUGUUUUUUUUAACACUUUCUCAGCUAGUAUGUUUGCAAGCUUACUGAAUUAGGCUUGGAAAAUGGGCCUCAUGGGCCUAUUUAUGCCUUGUCCAAUUCCAGUGUAACAGUCUACAAGGUUUGGCCCAUCGAUGGUGUAUGUGUACUAGUAUCUAUAAUCUAAUCUAUCUAUCGNAAUAAUGACGAUGGAGGAAUAAUUGGUGGAGUCGAAAA